UGACGAAGAGUCUGUAUUUUGGCACCUGUGUGAGAAGUAUAAUCAAAGAUGGAGGCAAGAAUGAUCUUUUUAAUCUGUUUUUUGGCAGCUGCUGCCAAUCCUGCACAACUGAAAACAAUCCUGGAGGAUGACCAGCCCUCCUUACGGAUCCCUGUCAGAGAGAAAGCCACUAUACAUUGCUGUUACAGAGGCACGCCUAAUGAGGUCAUAUGGUACCACAGAGUUAUGAUUUCAUACAAUGAAAGUGCUUUCAACCCGGUCAGGGAAGAUGAGGAACGAAAAAUUAAAAAUUAUAUACAAGAGAAGGUCAAAUGCAGUUCUCUGGAGCUAAAUAAUGUCAAGAAGAUUAAUAGUGGCCUGUAUUGGUGCCUCCUAAAUCACACUGACCCAUUCUACAGUCUGAAUACGCCCGGCACCUUCCUGCAGGUGUUUGAACCCAUUCGCAAGACACUGAACAUCAACGAGACAACUAAAAACAGCAUAAUCACUAUCCAAGGUGUUUUUCUGCUGUUUUGCGUGCUCAUUCCCGGCACCAUGCUCCUCUGCAAGUCAAGGGGACUUCAUGAGCUGGAGAAGAGAAAGGGCAAGGAGGAAGAAAAUAUUUAUGAGGGUCUAAAUCUGGACGAUUGCACCUCCACCUAUCAUCAGAUCCAACGCUCACAGGUACAAGGUCCUUACCAGGAUGUGGUCAAUACUGUGGAAGAGGACAUUCCACUGGAGAAGCCCUGAAUGGGCAGCAGUGGAGAGGCUGAAAGUAAAAAGAGUGGAUUAAGUCUCAGUCUUUAUAAGGGUGAAAAGGGAAAAUGACAUGAAAUCAUAUUUUAAGGCUAUUAAAGAAAACAUACAUGUGUGUUUAUAUAUUUUUUUUACUUUAUCUGUGGAUUUUUAUGUUUAUUUGUGUCUGUAUCAUUAAAAGUAGUCUACUAACACA